AUGACUCCUGGCCUUACAGAGGAAGCCUUAUGUCAAUUAGGAGGAGAAUUUGAUAUAUUUAAUCUAAUAUUUGAUGACAUAUUUUGGAACAAUAUUGUGACCGAAACUAACCAGUAUGCAGAUCAAAUACGAGAAAAUCCACAUAGAACACGAGAAAUCGACGACGCUUGGUUUCUUGUAGACUCUACCGAAAUGAAAAGAUAUUUCGCCUUGACCAUUAUAAUGUCACAGGUAAAAAAAACAGUAAGAAUCCAAAUGAAUUGGUCGAAGAGGGCUGUUAUCGAAACGCCCAUAUUUAGAAAAUCAAUGCCUUUGAAGAGAUAUCUAUUUAAUUACAAGGUUUUUCUCAAACAAUAAUCUGAUACCGAUAAAAUGAGCAAGAUUAAACCUGUUAUUAAUUUUUUGAACCAAAAAUUUAAAGAAGUGUAUAUAAUGAAAAAAGACAUUUCUAUUGAUGAAUCGCUUAUGAAAUUCAGGGGGCGUCUAUCGUAUAAGCAAUUCAAUCCAUCCAAAAGGGCAAGGUUUGGCGUCAAAAUUUAUAAAUUAUGUGAGUCAGGCUAUUGUUAUCAAUUUAAAAUAUAUACCGGCAACGAUAAAAUACACUGUGAUGACAGCGCUUCGGAAUGUGUUGUCAAAGAGCUUGCUGAGUCAGUGCUGUACAGGGGUCACAUUUUAUACAUGGACAAUUGGUAUUCUUCCCCAAAAUUACUUAUGACGUUAUCACAUAAAUAUAAAACAAAUGUAGUUGGCACAGUACGUUCGAAUAGGAAGAAUAUGCCAAAAGAUUUGUGCAGUGUAAAAUUAAAAAGGGUAAUAAGAAGCUGCAACCGAAUACUCGCUAUAAAAUGGAAAGAUAAGCGAGAUGUAUAUAUGAUGUCGACAAAACAUGAAACAGUCGAAAUUAUUUCACAAAGAUCCAACCACACCCUAAAACCGAGUUGUAUUGCAGAGUAAAACCACGGAAUGAACGGAAUUGAUCUCCAAGAUCAAAUAUUGGCAUGUUUUCUGAUGCGGAAAUACAUGAAAGGAUACAAAAAAUUUUUUUUUUAUCUAUUUGAUAUUGGUCUUUUUAACUCCUACAUUUUAUGGAAAAACCUGAAUGAUGGAAAAGAGCAAUGCUAUGUCGACUAUAGGAUCAAUAUAGCCGAAUCUCUAUUGAAGAAUAUGCCAAAACCGAUUUAUAGAGAACGAGGCGUAUCAUCUGUCGGAGAUGCGCCAGACAGACUGUACGCGAAGGACUGGGCUCAUUUUCCAAAGCACAUUGAUCCAACACCCUCUUAA